UCAUGGUUAUCGUAAAUUUCUUCGAAGACCUUUCUCAAGAUUUUUAUCGGCUUCUUAGUGAUACCGAUAAUUACGAUACUAUUAUUCAAGCCGGCAAGGAGCCUGAUUUAAAAAAAUUUAAACUUCUUUCUAAUAUCUUAUAUGUGAGAUCUCCUUAUUUUAAAAAAAUUUUAUCCGAUAUACUUGCUAAAAAUGAAAGGGGGCCUGUAAUUUACUUAAAGAUAGAUAUUUCCCCAAAUAUAUUUGUUGUGAUUCUACG